UUUGAGAAAAUGUAUGCUUCCUUCUCCAUUUCCCUAGCCGCCACCCUCUUCUUCUCCAUUUCCCUCUAAUCUGCCUACACUCCUCAUACCUACUCUCUCGUCCGCACCUCAUGCACACACACUCAAUCACACACACGCCUGAAUUGCUGAGAGAAGAAGCCUGCACAUCAAAAUUUAAGAUCUAGAAAACUUCAAAAGAAGAGAUAAAAAAUCGGAAAAAAAGAAGAUUAAAAGGCUGUUCAAAUCUCCGCUACAUGGCUUGAUCGUUUCCGGGUUUCGAAGGUUGUUUGAGUUGUAAAUUUGUUGUUCGUUUGCUGAUUCUGUUGCUCUUCUCUGCUGAAGCCCAUUCCGACUCAUUUAUGGCCUUUAUUUGGUACUUUGUACUGUUCCCUUGCUUUCAAUAAAACCAAUUGCCAGUUCAAGAGAGAAGAAGAAAAAAGUUUUCUACGUCUCGGUGGCUGAACUCGACGUCCACCAAUUUUGUAACCGGCGACGCCUUCAUUUCUGCUUCAAUUGAAGUGUAGUCAGGUUAAAAAAGUUCAGUCUUUUGCUGCCAUAGUUUACGGCCCAAUUCAAUUACUCCAUCAAUAUUGAAGCAAUUUGGAGGACUGAAGGUUUAUGCGAUGGGAAAAGCAUCGAGGGACAAAAGAGAUAUUUACUAUCGGAAAGCAAAGGAAGAAGGAUGGCGUGCCCGAAGUGCCUUCAAGCUCCUUCAGAUUGAUGAGGAAUUUAACAUCUUUGAAGGUGUGAAGCGAGUUGUGGAUUUGUGUGCAGCACCAGGCAGCUGGAGUCAGGUUUUAAGCCGGAAGUUAUAUCUCCCAGCAAAGUUGUCACCUGAUACCAAGGACGACGAUCUACCACUUAUUGUGGCUAUUGACUUACAGCCUAUGGCUCCCAUUGAAGGUGUUAUUCAAGUACAGGGUGAUAUAACAAAUGCUAAAACAGCUGAAGUGGUUAUUAGACAUUUUGACGGAUGCAAGGCUGACCUUGUUGUCUGUGAUGGUGCACCUGAUGUAACGGGACUUCAUGACAUGGAUGAAUUUGUUCAGUCCCAGCUUAUAUUGGCGGGCCUAACCAUUGUCACUCACAUACUAAAAGGAGGCGGAAAGUUCAUAGCAAAAAAUUUUCGAGGAAAAGACACAAGCCUCCUUUACUGUCAGCUAAAACUAUUUUUCACAGAAGUGACUUUUGCUAAGCCAAAGAGCAGUCGGAAUUCUAGCAUAGAGGCAUUUGCAGUUUGCGAGAAUUACUCUCCACCUGAAGGAUUUAAUGAGAAAGAUCUUCAUCGCCUUCUUGAAAAGAUUGGAAGUCCAUCUGGCACAGAGGACCUAGAUUGCAGUAGUGCAUGGCUGGAAGGUCCUAAUAAGAUGUAUAUUCCAUUUCUGGCUUGUGGAGACCUUAGUGGGUACGAUUCAGACCGUUCAUAUCCACUUCCUAAAGCUGCAGAUGGAACCUAUCAGUGUUUAGAUCCUGUACAACCUCCAAUUGCACCGCCAUAUAAACGAGCUCUUGAAAUGAAGAAAACAUCGAAUCAAGGAAUCCAAAACCUAGAGAAGCUUUCUCUUAACUCCUGAUCUUACCAUCCAGAAUUAUUCCAUUCUGUGACAUCUGAAAAUCGCUUAUAUGUCACCAAAUGAGAGUCAUCUACUUGUGUCCAGGGCAAAGUUAGUACAGCACGUGACGCGUGGUAGGCGCACGUCACUCGUUCUAAUUCUCCUCUCAACUAAGUUUGGUAUUUGGUACAUUGAAAAUCACCCGUGUCAUUAAAAAAUAAUAAGUAUUAUGAUACAAGUUGUAAUCAAAGUUUACAACGAAGGUGCAUGCUUCUUGAAUAUGGAAACUCGAUAAUGCUUAUUGUAAUUGUGUGAUUUUUAAUAAUUAGUUUUUAUCACCUAUACGUCACGACAUCAAUUUUCGUUUGUAUGAAUUGUAAUGGAUGUAGAUUUUUGUAAUACAUCUAAAAUAAUUCUAGUAAAUGUUUGGCUUUACUUAUUAUGUUUAUCAUAAGGAAAAGCUAAUAUCUUAUCGUG